AUGUCCACAACUACAUGUCCAUGCAGUCGUCAAGUUUCGAGAGUCUUAUACGAUCAAUGUCCAUACGAUCAUUGCAUGGGAGGCGUACAAGAUGCAAUGUCGGCGGUAGGUAGUGUCGUAUCUGGUAGCUGUGACACGAAUAUGGUCAUUGGUGUACCGAUUGAUGUGGAUGGGAACCGUGACUCGGAUGGACAGCAGUCCAUGGACGGUGAACUCCACUGCCUAAGGGUGAUAUCGUUGGACUAA